GCUGGAUCUGUCCGCGGAGGAGCGGUUCCAGCAGUCGGACGCGGGGCUGGAGAUUUGGCAGCGCGUAGAGGCGAAGCUGGACGCCCUGUCCGACGCGUGCCAGGCUCAGGAGGAUGGACACGACGAUGCCCUUCAGGGCGUGUUCGGCAGUCGUUGCACCGUUUUGGGGUUUCCGGCGGGCUCCUCUCGCUUCCAC